AUGCUGGAGAAGCACAAAGAACUUUUCAAAGAUGGCUACGGCGAAAUACAAGACUUCACAGCAAAAGUCAGAGUGCAAGAAGGAACCAAGCCUAUCUUUCACAAACCACGUCCAGUUCCCUAUGCUCUUAAGGAAGCAGUAGAGAAGGAACUGGACAGCCUACAGAAGAAUAACAUAAUCACGAAAGUAGCAAGGAGCGACUGGGCGGCUCCGAUUGUUGUAGUCCCAAAGAAAGACAAGACCGUCAGAAUGUGCGGUGACUACAAGGUCACAGUAAAUCGCUGCAUACUACCAGAGGAAUAUCCACUACCAAACGCUGAAGAUCUGUUUGCCACUCUAGCUGGUGGGAAGGUUUUAAGUAAGCUGGACCUGGCAUUCGCUUAUCAGCAACUGAAGCUGGAUCCGGAGUCAGAACAGUAUCUGACCAACAAUACACACAAGGGGCUAUUCAGAUUCAAUCGCUUGGCCUACGGAAUCUCGACAGCUCCAGCGAUAUUCCAACACACAAUGGAUCAGAUCUUGGACGGUAUAGACAACGUUGUGUGCUUCAUGGACGACAUCCUCGUGUCAGCACCAACCAUUGGAGAGCACCUUGUAGUGCUGGACAAAGUGAUGUCAAGACUGGAGAAAUACGGAGUGAGAAUGAAACGCAGCAAGUGUGAGUUUCUCCAGGACUCAGUGGAGUAUCUCGGAUACAAGAUUGAUGCACAAGGCCUGCACCCAACCAACAGCAAGGUGGAAGCAAUCGUAAACGCACCAGCACCCACAAAUAUCUCAGAGCUGAGGUCAUUUUUGGGGCUCCUGAACUAUUACGGAAAGUUUGUAGCAAACUUGUCCACAUUGUUGCAUCCGUUUCACCAACUGCUGCAGGCCAAUACAAAGUGGAAUUGGUCCCCACAAUGCGAAGAAGCAUUCAAGACUUGCAAACAGCGCCUGCUAAAGAGCAAGUGGCUUGCCCACUACAACACAGAGAUGAAGCUGAGACUCGCGUGUGAUGCAUCUCCAUACGGAGUAGGAGCCGUCAUCUCACAUGUUCUAUCGUCAGGUGAAGAACACCCUAUUGCAUUUGCAUCACGGACUCUGUCACCAAGUGAGAAAAAUUAUGCUCAAAUUGAGAAGGAAGCCCUGAGCAUAAUAUUCGGAGUGAAGAAGUUUCACAAAUACCUGUACGGAAGGAAGUUCCAACUGCUGACAGAUCACAAGCCUCUGUUGGCCAUCCUUGGACCAAAAUCAGCUAUACCAACCCUUGCUGCACUUCAAAUGCAACGUUGGGCUCUGAUAUUGUUAGCCUACGACUACGAGAUUGAGUACAGACGAUCCAGUGAUCACACAAAUGCAGAUGCACUAUCAAGACUACCAUGCAAUAGUGACUCCGACAGUGAAGAUGAUAGAGCAGUUUUCCAGAUCUCUCUCAUUGACGAACUGCCCAUAUCUGCUUCAGACAUAGCAGAGGAAACAAGGAAAGAUCCAGUGCUUUCCAAAGUCUUGGACUUAACAUUAGGAGGUUGGCCAAACUUUGUAAAUGACGAUAACCUUCGUCCAUUCAUCGACAAGAAAGACCAGUUAUCCACUGAUCAAGGAUGUGUUCUGUGGGGAUCAAGGGUGGUGGUACCUCACAAAUUCCAGAGGAGACUGCUAUCUGACCUGCAUGAGGGACAUCCAGGGAUCACUCGAAUGAAAGCACUCGCUCGCAGUUAUCUGUGGUGGCCUGGACUGGAUCAGGACAUUCAACAGCAUGUAGGCCACUGCUCACCUUGUGAAUCUGUUCGCAACAAGCCUGCUGCUUCACCUCUUCAUCCAUGGUCCUGGGCUGCUACACCUUGGGAACGCAUCCAUGUGGAUUAUGCCGAGAUUGACAAGCAACAUUUCCUUGUUGUCGUCGAUGUCCAUUCCAAGUGGAUGGAAGUGUUCCCUACUCAACUGACCACAGCUGAGAAGACCAUCAAUCUUCUCAGACACUUGUUCGCAUCCUUUGGACUAGUCAAGGAGCUCGUAUCGGACAAUGGCCCUCCUUUCACGUCAAACGAUUUUGAAAUGUUUCUCAAGAACAAUGGAGUAAGGCACAUCCGGUCACCACCUUACCAUCCGGCAUCAAACGGAGCAGCGGAGAGAGCCGUGCAAACCUUUAAGAAGGCCUGGACUAGACUCGAGGUUCAGUCUGUGCCCACCCAACAAAGGCUUCCCCGGUUCCUGUUUACUUACCGCAACACACCACACACAGUAACGGAAUAUACACCAGCUGAACUGUUUCUGAGACGCCAACCACGUACCCGCCUGACAUUGUUGAAACCAGACUUGUCAAGCACUGUGGCAAAGCACCAGCUACAGCAGAAGAAAGCUCAUGACAGACACUCAAAGACUGUCAGAGAAUUCAAAGAGGGAGAGAGGGUGAUGGUACGUGAUUUCAGACACCCCAAGAGCCUGUGGAACUCAGGUGUGAUCUUGCAACGCAAAGGACCUUUGACUUACCAAGUCCAAAUUGGUCAUCGCCAGGUCAACGUUCAUGUGGAUCAUCUGCUACGGUCCAACGCCCCAGCAGAGACACGCCGAGAGAACAAUAACGACCCCCAGGACUAUUCUCCUGACUUUGGACGUACGGGAGAGACAGAGCCUGACCUUCCACCCGAACCUGGCCCACUACCGGAAGCCCAGGAGGAGCGGAGAUAUCCUAUUUGA